CAGUAAAGAGUUCAGUAAAUUGCUUCGGCUUCAUCUGAUUAAAUUCACCCUCUCAAUUAGAAUAAUAUUUAUUACCAAGUAGCUUUUUACUUAUAAGGAAUUUGCCUUGUUUUUUGGUUUAUAAAUAAACACACAGUAACGUAGACUACUAAGAGAAAAUAAAAAUAAAGGGAAAGUACUGCAACAGUCUAGAAAUAUAGAACAUUUGAAAUAAAAUGACAAACAUAAGUUCUAAUUGCAAAAUUUAAGUGUUUACCGCACAUUUUAGAAAUACAGUUAUGCAUGUUUUCAAAUAUAAUAAAAGUUUUGUUCCAAUCAUUUUUAGUUCACUCUUUUUUAGAGCAUCAAUUUUGAUUUCUUCAAUCUGAGAGCUAAAGUAUAAAAAUAACUCAAAUACAUGAAUGUGUUCCUGCAAAGCAUGAUCUAAGAAUUAUUGUUUGCAGUUACAUCCUGACCAGAAUCUGCCCUCAGAGUCACUACUUUACAUCUGGACAUUUCAUAAGUAAUAUAGUAAAAAUUGCCACUCAGCUGAGUUAAUUGCAAAAAGUGCCAACAUGUUAACAGGUCACACAUAAAAAAAUAAAUUAAUAGCCUACAAUACCCCACUAUUCAUCAGGAAGUGCAGGAAUUUCAAUUUUGGUUUUGUAUGUCCAUCAGUCAGACACCUGCCUUCAGAAACUAGAGUGCAGGUGGGGGUGCUGCACCACACAGGAUUACUCAAUUAGUUAGGUUCCUUCUUAAAAAGCAUGUGACAACUUCUCCAAACAUUUGUUAUCAAUAGUAGUAAUCAAUUGUUAUGACUUAUUCUGGACAAAUCAAUUCCAAUCAAUUUCAAUUUUUCUGUCACAUGAAAUCAUAAAAAUUGUCUUCAGUGAUGCGGGUGGGCCAUCAUGAAAAGAGUAUGCAUGCAUAAUACCAUGUUAGUUUUCUACAGUAGAGACUUGAUGAUCACUAAAAUUAAGUGGGGAGAGGAGUGGAUAUACCGAUAUAUCUGUUGUUGGUCUGAUCAGUUGUUACAUAUCCACAUAUUGGACAUCAGCAAAAAAUCCAAUAUCAUGCAUCACUAGGGGAGAAUGGGGCACAACCUAACAUGGUGUAAAUUGUAACAUGGACUUUUUAUAUGGUUACACAGGGUCGAUCCUUUCGUCCAAACUGCAAAAUUCCACAGAGACUGGACGUGUUUCAGCAGAGUUCAGUAACGAAGAGUGUUUUCAGCCAAUUUAAGUAAAUUUCUUUGUCAUACUUUUCAAUUACUAAGCUGUCUAUAUAAGUCACUGAAUCCAACCAUACAUCAUCUAAAUAACUGUCUUGUUGCCUAAAACAUGGCACCAUUUUGAACUAUGUGACCAACUAAGCUGCCUACAGCACAUUUUCUCUAGUUUUGCACUUCAAACUUAUGCUUGCUUUCCUUCUUUAAAUGAGAUAUACUUUGUAUAUUUAAUUUGUCAGGUAUCUUAUUGACACACAGUUUCACAGUCUUGUCAAUAUUCAUACAUUCAAUACUCAUAUUUUGACAUGUGGAUCUAAGUUACCCAAUCCAUGUACAUCUAUCGGUUCUACCACUGAAUAUGGAUGAUAGGCUAACAGAUGGAUGGAUACAUAUCUUUCCCCUGAUGUAGAUGGAGACCUAUAGUAUACAGAUAGACUUGUAUUGAAUUAACUGUGUUAAACAGAUUCAAGCAGGUGUUACAACUAACCCUCUGACUGUCAUAAUUAACCCCACCUAUGGGGUACGCUGUAACAUCACUUCCACCACUUCUCAGUGAGAAGAAAUGUAAGUUCUAGAAAAAAAAACAAGAACUUUUGAUUUGUAGCAGAGAUGUGCAUGUUGUAAGAAUAAAACAAAAAAUAAUUAAUCUCAAACAGUUUUAACUACACUCAACCCAAACUGAAAUAUGUAAGGUUGUGGUGCCCCGCUCUCCCCUACUUUACUUUAAUAUGGACCAAGUGUGUAGUUUCCUUAGUUAACUACAUAGAAAUUGCAAACAAGUAGGCCUAAUUCAACUAGGCUACUUGAAUCACUGUGUUAAAAUGCAAGUAAAAUCAGUUUACAUGUAGUUCACUACACCCCAACAUUGUAAUCCUAUGCCUAUGAACUGUCCUUCAGUUGGUUGGUAGCAUUUAAGUAACUGUAACAUUUCUAUAUUGUUUUUUUGGUUUAACAUAUUUUUUAUCUACCAUUAAGGGAAAUGUUACUAAUUUUUGACUAGUUAAGAGCUAUUUAAGUAGUUUUUCCGACAUAGAUAAUGCAGUAUAAUCACAUACUUACCUAAUUUAUACACAAAAGUUCUCAUAAUGAUAUUCGCUGAUUUUUAAUUGUCCAAUCAAAAGCGUUGUUUUAAGGUACGGAAGUCGGAAAGGGACACUAUGCAAGUUCUUCUGUCACUUCGGGGGAAAUGUGUCCACCAACGGAGCGGUAGUAGUCGCCUGGCGUUACAGUGAGGCAAGCUAAUGUUAGCUAACUAGCUAACUGUGCUGUUAGCCGCAUGACUCCCUGCACUGAGAGGCUGUCACAACCUGCAGAGCAUCUUAAGUCUAUAAAUAAGGUAUUUACUGAUGUGGGCUGGAUGUAGAAACCUUUCUUGGACAUUAUUAUCACUCACACAUAAAAGACUUUGUACCAGGGGACGACUGACAGGCUCACAGGCUGCUCUCUACCCCUCUGCCUCAACAGUUUCAUUCAUCCCUCCAUCUUCACUUACCCACAGUCACAGCUUUUUUACAAGCCAACAAACCUCAGUCCCCCUCCACUCAUCUCUUCACUUCUCCACCCGCUGCCUCUCUCAUUCUGCUCACAGUUCAGGCCUGAUGGAGCUAAAAGAAGUUCUGCAGGUGCUGGAGCAGCUGGCUCCUCUGUCUCUGGCUGAGUCAUGGGACAAUGUCGGCCUGCUGGUGGAGCCAAGCAAAUCUGGGCCAGUUAAAUCCAUCCUGCUGACCAACGACCUUACAGAUGCUGUCAUGGAGGAAGCAGAGGCCAUGAGCUGUGACCUCAUUAUCUCAUAUCACCCUCCGCUGUUCCGGUCUAUCAAGCGUCUGGCUCAGAAGGAUUGGAAGCAGCGAUUGGCCGUGCGGGCUGUGGAGGCCAGGAUAGCCAUCUUCUCCCCUCAUACGUCAUGGGAUAGUGUUAAAGGAGGAGUGAAUGACUGGCUGGUGGGGGGACUUGGUAGCGGCCAGGUGUCUGUGCUGAGUCAGGCCCUCGGUGGCGCCUCCCACAGUCACAAACUGGAGUUCACAGUGAAGAGCACAGAGGAACUGAACACAGUGAUGGAGGAACUGAUGGCUUGUGACAGUGAAACAACACCACAGCAUUCAGUCAACAGAUCAGACAGCAGUGGGAUCCAUGUCAGUGUAACCUGCAGUGACUCAGCGCUGACCCCCAGUGUCCAGACUUUGUUACGACACAAUGCUCCCAGCCUGUCCCUCAGCAUCAUGAAGUUGGAAAAGCCUCCUCUCCCAGGCCAUGGCCAAGGGCGACUUAGUGUUUUGGAUGAGCCGGUAACCAUGGCAACAGCCAUCCAGAAAAUGAAGACCCACUUGGGUUUGAGUCACCUCCGUUUGGCUCUGGGAUGGGGGCAGACACUUGAGUCCUCUGUGCAUACUGUGGCUGUGUGUGCUGGGUCUGGGGCCUCUGUGCUGAACGGAGUCAAGGCAGACCUCUACGUGACAGGUGAGAUGUCCCACCAUGAAGUGCUGGACGCCGUGGCGAGAGGAACUAAUGUCAUCCUCAGUGACCAUAGCAACAGUGAGCGAGGUUUUCUGGCUGUGUUCAGGGAGAGGCUGGCUGUGCGCCUCCCUGACACUGUCACAGUGGUGGUGUCAAAGGCUGACAGAGACCCUCUGGAGGUGGUCUGACCGACAUGGAGCUACAGCUGCACUCAUUAGUCUGUUAUGUUUGGAUACAAUUAAUCAAAAGCACCUUCUGCUUUUCUAACAGUGCAAUUCAGAGGAAUGUGUGUGAUAUGAUUGCAGGCUCUUUAUGUAAAACUGUGACCUAUAAAGAGAAUUUCAAUGUAUCUGUGCCACAUGCAAUAAUCAAAAGUGCUUCCUUGGUACAUGUUGUGCUAGUUAUCAUGUAUUUCUGGCAGGGUCGUAAUAAAAAUGGGUUCUGGUUGAUCACAAAAA